AUGUCAAAAAAGCGGCAGCACGAGGGGCACACUUUAUCACACCUCCUACCUAAGACUGACUGGAGGGCUACUCGAGCCCUAAGACCUCCACUGAGAGGUGUUCUGGGCAGUGCUGAUCAGCAAUUCCCAAUAUGGGUGUGCCUCAGCAGGGCACACUCCGUAUAUGGAAGCUGGUGCAGGCAGGCGCUGCGCGCAGGGCAUGCACAGCUAGGCAGCUGUAGAGGCGCAAUUAAUACUAAAGCUUACCAGAGGAUGAAGGUGGGUUCAGAGGCGGCCUCUCCCAAUGCGCACGGACUACAACAGUGUGGAAGUUCUAGGUACAUUACGGCACUUAACCGCCUGCAUCCACCUCAAAACAUCAAAGACUCUCAAGCCAUGCCAAGAAAACAAAAACGAACCUUGCAAGACCUGUUCGACCCUACCUGUGAGGCGUGCAAUAGACUGUUUGAGACGGUUCAAAGCCUCAUGAAGCACCAAUCGACGAGCCAAGCUUGUGCUUGGUACAAGAGAGGAAAGUUGAAGGAAGUUCUUCAAGACUCGGACUCAGAGUCUGAGACCCAGUCAGAAAUGCUGGAGGGGGAAGAAAACUGGCAAGAAGACAGGUACAUAGACUAG